UCCUCUCCCUUGUAGUGUAAAAUAUGCCAGACCGCCCCCCGCAUUUUGUGUGUCGAUUUGAAUAUUAAAUUUAAAAAAAAAUUCUAGAAAGACACUUCAUGUUUCUGAGCAAGACGCGGGCGACAGGAUUAUAAUGUGCUCUCCUCUUCGCCUGUGUGAGGAAGACGAGCGCAUGGCGGUUAAUUCCGAGGGAGGAGAUUUCGACGAAGACGACGAGGACAACGGAGACAUAGACGAGAACGCAAGCGACAUAAACUCGCCGGCGGCACCUCGAGAAACUACACUAGCCACACCAGAUGAUGCUGAUGAAGGGGGAGAGCCCUCAGACAGGGAUGGAGGGACAAAAAAGAAGAAACGGGGCCCUAAGAAAAAGAAGGAGACGAAAGAGAAAGAUGGGAAGCUGUCAAAGGGACGCAAAAGAAAAAAGAUUUCACAGGACAGUGAUGUAGACAGAGACUCAGAGCGGGAUUAUGGAGACAACUCAGAUAGUGGGGCAAGCGGCUUCACAGCUGAUGGGAAAAAGAAAAGAAAAAAACACAAAGAAAAAAAGGAAAAGAAAACCAGGCAUAAGAAAACAGAGGAUGGCGACAGCAACCAGGAGGACGUGGUCAAGCCGGUGGAACAGAAGUCAUCAGGGCAGCUAGCACGAGACUGGGGAUUGGAGGAUGUGGAUCACACUUUCACUGAGGAGGAUUAUCACACACUAACCAACUACAAAGCCUUCAGUCAGUUUAUGCGGCCCAUGAUAGCUAAGAAAAACCCCAAGAUCCCCAUGUCAAAGAUGAUGACCAUCCUUGGGGCCAAAUGGCGGGAGUUCAGCUCCAACAACCCCUUCAAGGGUAAUGCUGCUGCCGUGGCGGCCGUUGCCGCGGCAGCAGCGGCCGCCGUCGCUGAGCAGGUUUCGGCAGCAGCGGCUUUCCCUGAGCCGCCACCCCAACCGCCGCCACUCCGCAAGGCCAAGACCAAAGAGGGCAAAGGCCCGGGGUAUAAGAAACGCAGUAAAAGCCCACGCGUGAUGGAGAAGAAGGCCAAGCCCAAGGUCAAGAAGAUGGCUCCUCUGCGCAUCAAACUGGGAAUGCUGGGUGGAAAGAGGAAGAGAAGCAGCUCUAGUGAGGAAGUGGAUGGUGAAGACUCAGAACAGGAAGACUCCAGUGUUCUCAGCUCCCCAGUUCGCCCGGAGAGCGGUGGCCGGCCCACCAAGAACAAACGAGGCCGACCAGCCAAGAAGAAGAAAAAGAAGAAGAAGAAAGUUGUGGGAGAGGAGGGUGACGGCUAUGAGACUGAUCAUCAGGACUAUUGUGAGGUGUGCCAGCAGGGCGGCGAGAUCAUCCUGUGUGACACAUGCCCCCGUGCCUACCACCUGGUGUGCCUGGAGCCUGAGCUAGAGAAGGCUCCCGAGGGCAAGUGGAGUUGCCCCCACUGUGAGAAGGAGGGCAUCCAGUGGGAGGCGAAGGACGAGGAGUUUGAGGAGUUUGAGGAGGAGUCUGAGGAGGUGGGGCCUGUAGCUGGUGCUGGGGAAGAAGAGGAGGAUGACCACAUGGAGUUCUGCAGAGUGUGCAAGGACGGAGGAGAGCUGCUGUGCUGCGACUCCUGCACCUCGUCCUAUCACAUCCACUGCCUCAACCCGCCCCUGCCAGAGAUACCCAAUGGAGAGUGGCUCUGCCCACGCUGUCUGUGCCCCCAGAUCAAUGGCCGGGUUCAGAGGAUCCUCCACUGGCGCUGGGGUGAACCCCCUCCUCCGGUGCCCGUCCCCCCAGCCCCCGACGCUGACCCCCAACAGCCUCCUCCCCCUCCGAUGAAGGGGCGCGCAGAGAGAGAAUUCUUCGUCAAGUUGACAGGACAGUCCUACUGGCACUGCACAUGGGUCACUGAGCUCCAGAUGGAGAUCUACCACUCAGUCAUGUUCCGGAACUAUCAGCGGAAGACGGACAUGGACGACCCCCCCGCGCUGGAGUAUAACUCAGGGGGGGAGGAGGAUGGGGUUAAGAGCGAGAAGAGAAGGGCCAAAGACCCACAGUACGCUGCCCUGGAGGAGAAGUUCUACCGCUAUGGCAUCAAGCCUGAGUGGAUGAUGGUGCACCGUAUCAUCAACCACAGUGUGGAUAAGAAGGGGAAUUACCUGUAUCUGGUGAAGUGGAGAGACCUGACCUAUGACCAGUGCACCUGGGAGCAGGAGGACCUGGAUAUUCCUGGCUUCUCCAUUCACAAGGCCAAUUACUGGAGACACAGGGAGGAGGUGCUGAAGGAGGACCCAGACAAACCCAAGAGGUUGAGGAGCGAGAGGAAGGAGGAGGAUGAGGAGGAGGAUGAGUCAUCCGGCUCUCCUGUCACUGAUCCGACGGUGAAGUACGAGGAGCAGCCGGACUUUGUGACGGUGACGGGGGGCACUCUGCACCUGUACCAGCUUGAGGGGCUGAACUGGCUGCGCUUCUCCUGGGCCCAGGGCACAGAUACCAUCCUGGCUGAUGAGAUGGGCCUGGGAAAGACCAUACAGACAAUCACCUUCCUCUACUCCCUCUUCAAGGAGGGUCACACCAAGGGCCCAUUUCUGGUGAGCGCCCCACUCUCUACCAUCAUAAACUGGGAGAGGGAGUUUGAGAUGUGGGCCCCCAACUUCUACGUUGUGACCUACACCGGGGACAAGGAGAGCAGGUCCAUAAUCCGCGAGCAUGAGCUGACCUGCAACGACUUCACCGCCAAAGGAGGGAAGAAGGCCUUCAGACUGCGGCAGGAGGCGCCCAUUAAAUUCCAUGUGCUCCUGACCUCUUAUGAGCUGGUGACCAUAGAUCAAACCGCGCUGAAGUCCAUGAACUGGGCCUGCCUGGUGGUGGACGAAGCCCACCGCCUCAAGAACAAUCAGUCCAAGUUCUUCAGGAAGCUGAAUGAUUAUAAAAUUGAUCACAAGCUGCUGCUGACGGGCACGCCCCUUCAGAACAACCUGGAGGAGCUCUUUCACCUGCUCAACUUCCUCACGCCCAACCGCUUCAAUAACCUGGAGGGGUUUCUGGAGGAGUUUGCGGAUAUCUCCAAGGAGGACCAGAUCAAGAAGCUGCACGACAUGCUGGGGCCACACAUGCUCAGGAGGCUGAAGGCCGACGUCUUCAAGACCAUGCCGGCCAAGACCGAGCUCAUCGUGCGCGUGGAACUCAGUCCCAUGCAAAAGAAAUACUACAAGUUCAUCCUGACGCGUAACUUCGAAGCCCUGAACUCCAAGGGCGGGGGGAACCAGGUGUCCCUCUUGAACAUCAUGAUGGAUCUGAAGAAGUGCUGCAACCACCCCUACCUGUUUCCUGCAGCUGCCAUGGAGUCUCCAAAGACAGUGAGCGGGGCAUAUGAGGGAUCUGCACUCAUCAAGGCUUCAGGGAAGCUGCUGCUGAUGCAGAAGAUGCUGAGGAAGCUGAAGGAACAUGGCCACCGUGUGCUUAUCUUCUCCCAGAUGACGAAGAUGCUGGACUUGCUGGAGGACUUCCUGGACUAUGAGGGCUACAAGUACGAGCGCAUUGAUGGUGGCAUCACCGGAGCCUUGAGACAGGAGGCCAUCGACCGGUUCAAUGCUCCUGGGGCACAGCAGUUCUGCUUCUUGUUGUCCACCAGGGCAGGGGGUCUUGGCAUCAAUUUGGCCACCGCAGACACCGUUGUCAUCUUUGACUCAGACUGGAACCCCCACAAUGACAUACAGGCGUUCAGUCGUGCCCAUCGCAUUGGCCAGGCCAAAAAGGUGAUGAUCUACCGCUUCGUGACCCGGGCUUCGGUGGAAGAACGGAUCACACAGGUGGCCAAGCACAAGAUGAUGCUGACCCAUCUGGUGGUCCGGCCCGGACUGGGCUCCAAGGCCGGGUCCAUGUCUAAGCAGGAGCUAGAUGACAUCCUCAAGUUCGGCACUGAAGAACUCUUCAAGGAUGAGAUUGAGGCUGGGGACAACAAGGAUGAGGACAGCAGUGUGAUUCAUUAUGACCACUCCGCAAUCGAGAGGCUACUGGACCGAAAUCAGGAUGCCACCGAUGACACUGAGGUGCAGAACAUGAACGAGUACCUGAGCUCCUUCAAGGUGGCCCAGUACAUGGUGCGGGAGGAGGACAAGAUGGAGGACAUUGAGAGGGAGAUCAUUAAGCAGGAGGAGAAUGUGGAUCCAGAUUACUGGGAGAAACUGCUGAGGCAUCAUUACGAGCAGCAGCAGGAGGACCUGGCCCGUAACCUGGGCAAGGGCAAGAGGGUCCGAAAACAGGUCAACUACAAUGACGCCGCGCAGGAGGACCAAGACUGGCAUGCUGGUGUUUCAGAUAACCAAUCAGAGUACUCUGUGGGUUCGGAAGAGGAAGAUGAAGACUUUGAUGACAGAACAGAGGGACGCCGACAGUCUCGGCGUCAGCUGAGGAAUGACAGGGACAAGCCACUGCCCCCCCUGCUGGCCAGAGUUGGGGGAAACAUUGAGGUGCUGGGUUUUAACACUCGCCAGCGUAAGGCGUUCCUGAAUGCAGUGAUGCGAUGGGGGAUGCCGGCUCAAGAUGGCUUCUCUUGUCAGUGGCUGGUCCGGGACCUCCGGGGCAAGAGUGAGAAGGAGUUCAAGGCCUACGUCUCUCUCUUCAUGCGGCACCUGUGUGAGCCGGUGGGAGAGGGUUCGGAGACCUUCGCCGACGGAGUCCCGAGGGAAGGCCUUUGCCGCCAGCCUGUCCUCACCAGGAUUGGAGUCAUGUCUCUGGUCAAGAAGAAGGUGCAGGAGUUUGAGCACAUCAAUGGGAAGUGGAGCCUACCUGAGCUGAAGCCGUUAGUCAGCAUGGAGUCCUCUCGAGCAUCGUCCCCCGGCCUCAAAACCACCACCUCCACACCUGAACCCAGCACCAACACCACCCCCUGCACCUCUACCCCAGCUACACCCUCCCCACCUGACAAAUCGGAAAAGAACAUAAAGGAGGCCAUGAAGGAGGGAGAGAGCCAGCCAGAGCGAGAGGCUGAGAAGGAGAAGGAAAAGGAGAAGGAGGAGAGUGAGAAGGACAGCAGUGAAAGCAAAGAUCCUGCAGAGCCCUCGACCACCAUAAAGGACGCAACACAAGCUUCACCCUCCAGCCAAAAACCUGACGCAGAGGAAGGGCCUGGCGUGACAGAGGAGGAGGGGCAAGGAGACCCCCCGGUCCCAGGGCAGGAGGAGAGGAAGGCCGAGGAGAACAAAGAGAAGGGGGGCCCUACUGAUGCUGAGAAGCCAGUCUCUGAUACAGCGCCCUCUGCUGGAGAAGAAGAGAAUCAAGAGGUGGAAAAGGUAGAAGAGAGGAGGAAAAGACAACAGAGGAAAAUAGUGAGGAGUCAGUCGGUGUCUCAGAAACAGCAGGUGGCAAAAACAAGGAGGAUAGCCUGCCCUCUGAUGUCAAGAAAGGUGUAAGUUGCCGGACAGCAUACCUGCCAUCCAAAGUCUGCGCUUUCACAGAGGAAGUGAAGGGUGAAAAGGAUGCUGGGAAGGAUGGCAAGGUUACAAAGGAGGAAAUUCCCAGAGGGACCAAUGGGAAAGC